UCACAUUCUUCGUUUAUUUACAUUUUUUUCAUUAAUUGUUGAAAUCGAGCUUUAUCUCUAUUUUAUGAAUAAAAAUUAGCUUACUAACAACAAAAUUAACAAAUAACCAUGCCCAAAGUAGUAUCUCGUAGUAUCGUCUGUUCCGAUACCAAGGAUCAGGAGGAAUACAACGAGGAAAAGCCACUGAACAUUUACUACUGUCUCUGUAACAAGAUGACUUUGAUUCUGGAUUGCACGCUUGAUCAAUUGCCACUUCGGGAAGUUGAUAAUGCCCGCGUAAUAAAUGGUAAUGAACAUGCCAACAAACUCACCUACAAUCCUACUCCAAAGAUGAUCUACAUAAAGCGGAAAAGCAGGGACAAUGCGAUAGAGAAGCAGUAUCGCUAUAUGUGUCGCAAUUGCAAUCUGCCACUUUACUAUCGCCACAGCCCUGACUCUUUGGUGACAUUCGUCAUGUCCAAUGCCGUGACCCGCAGCAAGGGCAAGAGUCCUUUAAGUCAACUUCUAAACUCCGAGGAUAAGGGUAGCUUCAAACUACCAUCUGCCAAGCCAGCAACUUCUACAGGACCAGAAGAUUCGGGCAUAGUGGAUGCCAGUGGAAAGAAAGUUAUGGUUACCAGACACACCAAGAACAUGGGCAAAUUCAGCUCGGUGACUGUGUCCACUAUAGACGAGGAGGAGGAUGAAAUCGAAGCGCGCGAGAUUGCGGAUAGCUAUGCGAACAAUGCAAGGAUCAUAGAGAAGCAGCUGCAGCGUAAGGGCGGAAAAUUGAGCGAUGUGGGGAUCAAAAGCAAGACAGAUGAAGCCCAUCCACCGCAUAAAAAGCAGCGGGGUACGCUACUCGAGAGAUAGUCACCGUUUCUUAUACUUUAUUAACCAUAUUUAAUGAUUAUACGAACUAAAGUACAAUUGAA